AUGCUUUUAUUGGAGAAUCCAAAAUCCGGUUCUCCCAUGUAUUCAUACACGUCACCACCAGUUAAUAAUAUCUCAAGUGAACUUGUUUCCACUCCCAGCGACAUGCUUCUCCCUGGCCAAAUACCUCAAAAUCCAUCCUCAAUGCUCUAUACCUCUGCUUCUCCAUCGAACUUUAACCCCAGCCAACCAAAAUCUGGUUACCUCAAUCCUGCUGCCAAUAAUAACAGCACCAUCAAUAGCAAUAAUAGUGGUACCAACAACAAUGGGGCAAUUUCAGAUAUAAUGUCUCACUCUAUGAUGCAAACGCCUCUGCAACCAGGGGCUAGUAAUUCUAAUAUUAUUACUGCGGGAAGUUUUUAUCGUUGGCCUCCACCUCCUAAUGGGCCAAAUAUUCCUUCCAAUCCCCCUACAAGUAAUGUUUCUCGAAUGCCCCACAUCGCCCAGAGACGCUCUAGUGGUGCGUCAGCAGCGGGAUAUAGAAUCUCUCCUCAUAAUCCUCCACCUCCAUCGGACUAUUCUCAUGCUCAGCAGUACUAUUUUCGUCAGCAACAGCAGCAGCACAAAGCGAUUAGUGAAACUGGAGCUUAUACUGGCAGCAAAUUGUCUGCUCCUGGAAAUCCUUCUGCAAAUCCUUCUGGUGUUAGUGGUAGCAGUAAUUGGAAAGAGAGACCACAUGUUGGAAAGUAUAGUCUCAUUCGGACAAUUGGAAAGGGAAAUUUUGCUAAAGUGAAGCUGGCUCAACAUGUUACUACGGGAAUGGAGGCAAGUACAAUUAUUUACUUUCACUUCAGACAAAGUGAUACUCUUUUACGUCGUUUGGCGAAUUUUCUUUUUUGGGUUGAGAUUAAAUGA